UCUGACAAAAUGGCCACCUCCUCAUCAACACGCCAGACGACCACCGCAAAAUCGUACCAAAGGACCGUUUUAGACCACACAAAGACGCUGAAAUGCUACAUUUGGAUUCAAGGCUGCCUAGUGAUCACCAUGCAUUAGCAAGUCAAUGAUGAGUGUGUGUGCGGUAUAGUAGUUGGCAACGGGCCAUCCCUUAGUGUCGUUCAAGAAGCAGUGACCAGCCAGCCUCAUGUCAGCCCAGAGCAACACAGCCGAGCUCAGCCCGAGCCAGUCGGCGCCAGGUUCUGCUACAAGUGGGAGCAGCAUACAACGCACUGCAUGGAAAGAAGAGGACGAAAAACAAGCCUUAUGCGUGGAUGAAAGCGCCGAGAAGAAAAAGAAACAGCAUAAAUUACGACACAAAGUUGACGUGGGACCUGAGAGUGGUGAGGAGAUAGAUCACGUCGACUUGCCUUCAACGGGCGAGAUAAACAGAACCAUGCCGCCCGGGGGCACCAGUAAGAAUCACCAGAGACCCGCCAGUGCUACAUCAAGUAAAAGCCGGAAGUCAGCCUGGGAUGCGACAGAGCCAAAAGAUGCGGGGAUGCACGAAGAGAAGAAGCCCGGUAAGAUGCGACCGGGGAAGAUAACCGCCGAGAUGGGGAAGAACGGAGAUGUCCAAGUCCGAUCUGUUGAACUUCAGGAAGUGAACGGUCGGGGGGUACGAGAGCGCGACGAGACGCGACGCGGCUCAUCGUGCAUGGAAUCCAUCAAAGGAAUCUCAAAGGUAUUCAAGUCCAAGAAGUUUAAAUCGCAGCAGCUGGAGCAACUUUAUCAGCGUUAUUUCUUCAGCUUGAACAAGAGUUCCCUGACAAACCUUUUGAUUCUGAUCAUCAUUAUUCUCAUUGUGAUGAUCGUCUUUCAUUACGUACCUGGGUUAAUACUUCCGGUCAAGGGGAUUUUACUAGGUUUUCUAAUUAUUGUGUUUUGCGUCAUGCUCGCUCUGUGCUACCGGAGUGCAUUUAGCCAGUUCCAGCUCAGCGUUGACUGCUACAUUGUUAUCGUUUCGUUAGCAGCUGUUACCAUCAUCGACGUAUUGGAUGCGUAUCCGCGCUCGGCAUCUAAAGGAGUUUGGACGACGCUUUUCUUCAUUUACAUGGUUUACACACUGUUACCGAUCAGGAUGCGUCUGGCAGUUAUAAGUGGCUUAUCCUUUGCCGUCAUUCAUAUCAUUUGCGCCAUUGCCAAGAAUUAUAUGGACACAUUUCUAUGGAAACAGAUUCUUGCUAAUCUGUUCAUCUUCGUUUGCGGCAACCUCGCUGGUGUCUUCACCCAUUACCCAACGGAAGCUGCACAGAGACAGGCAUUCCUAGAGACAAGGAGGUGUAUAGAGGCCAGACUCACCACACAAAGAGAAAAUCAAGAACAGGAACGGCUUCUCCUAUCGGUGUUGCCACGGCAUGUUGCCAUGGAGAUGAAAGCGGACAUCGCCAGCAAGAGAGAGGACAUUCAGUUUCAUAAGAUCUAUAUUCAGAGACAUAGUAACGUCAGUAUCCUUUUUGCUGACAUCGAGGGGUUCACUAAGCUGUCCUCCCAGUGUACUGCCCAGGAGCUUGUCAAGAUACUCAACGAGCUGUUUGCCCGCUUCGAUAAACUCGCUCAGGAGAACCACUGCCUGCGCAUCAAGAUUCUUGGUGAUUGUUACUACUGUGUAUCAGGUCUCCCAGAUCCCCGCCCGGACCACGCCCACUGCUGUGUAGAGAUGGGCUUGGACAUGAUUGAAGCCAUAUCAUUGGUGCGUGAAGUUACACAGGUAAACGUCAACAUGAGAGUGGGUAUACACAGCGGCAAGGUGCAUUGCGGUGUACUUGGCAUGAGAAAAUGGCAGUUUGAUGUCUGGUCUAACGACGUGACGCUCGCCAACACCAUGGAGGCUGGUGGGAUGCCAGGGAGAGUUCACAUAACGACAUCAACGUUGAAGUUCCUUAAUGGAGAUUAUGAAGUGGAGCCCGGUAAUGGGAAGGAUCGUAAUGCGUACCUCCGAGAUCAUAACAUUGACACGUACCUCAUUAUCGCUAAGGGGCCUCGAAAGAACGACGAUCUCAACAACUCGCCGCUGACGUCCAAUGGAGAGCAUCGAGGUCGGUCCUCAUCUGUUGCCCAGCUUGAGAGCUGGGGUGCUGAGAAGCCCUUCUCAAACUACCUUUCGACGGUGCCGCACAAAACUAAGGACCUAAGGAAACACUUUGAUGGCGACCGCCCCGCUGGACAGGCAAACCUGGAAAACAAGCUCGGCCUGAAGGAUACAAAGCAGAACCGAAGUGAUCCCGAUGAGGAGGUGAAUGAGUUUCUAGGUCGCGCCAUCGACGCUCGUAGCAUCGACAGGUUACGGUCCGAGCACGUCAAACGACUCACACUGACAUUCCUUAAACCAGAACUGGAAGAGAAGUACUCUAAAGUUCGGGACCAUAUGUUCAGUUCCUACAUGGUGUGUGCUUUCCUUGUCCUUAUCAUCAUCUGCAUAGUACAGCUCGUCAUUUUUCCAAAGACCUUGGUGAUGCUGGCAGUGUUCCUUAGCACAAUCGUUUUCCUGGCGUUCACAUUAUUCAUUGUUCUGGCUGAGAAAUGUUUUUGUGUGCCGGAUCGUUUCGCUUGGAUAUCCCACGGGAUUCUGGAGAGUCGAAGCUUAAGUUCCGUCAUCGCCGUCGGUACGGUCAUCAUUAUAUUUGUAGCAUCAUUCACAUCAAUGGUCGCAUACGACACAACAAGCCUCCGUUCCUGCCUAGCUACCAUGUAUAACAUCAAUGAGUCGUCAGUUGGAUUUGACCAAGUCAAUGAUAGUGGUCUGGUUUUAGGGGAUGAAGAGCCUACCAGUAAUGUCUGCCAAGAGGACCGGCCUGCCUGCCACUUUCCUCAGUACUUUACGUUCUGCGUGAUGCUAGUCAUGAUAAGUUGUGCAGUGUUCCAGCAACUAGGCAGCAUGACCAAGCUGUGUCUACUCUUUCUUAUCGGAGGUAUCUUCACUGCUAUCAUCGAGACCGUCGAAGUGGAGCUCUUCAACAAUAGUGACUUACUGCACGAAGCUCAUGUUGGGUUGGAACAGCCCUAUUAUAUCUCCAUGAAGAUCACUGGUCCGGUGUUGAUCCUGGUUUACAUCUUUGCUCUGUGGAGUCAUGGCAUACAAGUAGAGUCCACGGCCAGACUUGACUUCUUAUGGAAACUUCAGGCAACGGAAGAGAAAGAUGAGAUGGCCAACCUCCAGGCUUACAACAAACGUCUCCUCAACAACAUCCUCCCGUCCUUCGUUGCCGAGCAUUUCCUCAAGAACAACACUAAGGACAUGGAUCUGUACUAUCGGGCGAACGAUUUCGUCGCUGUGAUGUUCGCCAGCAUAACGAAUUUCUCUGAUUUUUACGUCGAGCUGGAAGCAAACAACGAGGGGGUGGAAUGCCUCCGACUCCUUAACGAGAUUCUUCAUGAUUUUGAUGAGAUUAUUGGCGACCCAAAGUUUUUCCAAAUUGAGAAAAUAAAGACGAUAGGAAGCACCUACAUGGCAGCAUCAGGGCUUACAGAUGAGACAUUUGAUCGGGAGAACAACGGGCACGUUGUUGCGCUGGCCGACCUGGCUUUCCAUCUUCUGGCCCAGCUACGAUACGUCAAUGAACAUUCAUUCAAUAGCUUCAAGAUGAGAGUCGGUCUGAAUGUUGGACCUGUUGUGUCAGGCGUUAUUGGAGCACGCAAACCUCAGUACGACAUCUGGGGGAACACGGUCAACGUUUCCAGCCGUAUGGACAGCACUGGAGUCCCAGAUAAAAUACAGGUCACGCAAGAGAUGGCUAACAUUCUGCAGCCAAAGGGCUACACCCUCAUAGAACGAGGGUACGUAACGGUCAAGGGCAAAGGUGAAAUGCUGACCUUUUUUCUGGAGGGGACACCAAACAAGAUUGACAUACGGUGACCGGACAAUCACGCCACAGUAUUUUGUAUCAGUUUUAUAGUUAUAUGUUCCAAUUUUGUCCUUCUUCCGUCGUCGUGGGACUUCCCUGCUGGUUUUUUUUGUGUCUCGGGAAGAAGAAAAAAACAUGUUUCAUUGGCAGAAAGAUUCUUUACAAGAAUCUGUGCAAGCGAUUAGCCCAUCCCAGCGGUCCUGGAUAGACUGGCCGCUGGGGCCGAGCAAAAGUAUGCCUUUCAAACUUUUAAAUGAGAACAGCGCCCUCAAUUUACCAAAAGAUUAUCUUACACAAACCGACAUUUUUAGUGAGGCUGUUUUGCCACGGAACGACAAUGUUAGUAUUUAUAGGCAGUGGAAACUACUGGUAAUUACUCAAAAUAAUUUUUUGCAUAAAACCUUUCCCGAUUACGAGUAAUGGGGAAAGGCUGAUAGUA